AUGAGACACCCACGGCUCUACUUGCUCCCCGUCGCCCUCCUGGCAUGGGCCACAUGUGUCGUCGCCUCAAAGACAGUAAUCGACCUCGUCUCCACCGACCCAGGAUUCUCAAUCCUCAUCAAACACCUCCAAAAGCUCCGCCUCAUCCCUUUCAUCAACGAGCGCAAAACCUGCACCUUAUUUGCCCCCACCAACGGCGCCUUCUCUCAGUGGGAAAAGGAUAAUCCGGGCAAGCGCAUGGACAAGGAGACUCUUCUCUACCAUAUCCUUUGGGAGAGUGUUCUUACUCAGUCCUUUAAGGAUACUAUGCUCCUCGAGACGACGCUUAUUAGGGACGGAUACCUGGGCGACAAUAAUCAGGGCCAACUGGUUGCUGUUUCGAAAGGCUCGUGGCGACCAGGGAGAAUUGGGAAAAUCUUUGUUGGUGGUGCCGAGUUACUGGAGAAGGAUUGGCAGGCGGAUAACGGCGUUGUCCACGUUGUCAAUCGAUUGAUGGCGCCUCCAGUCGAUCUGGUGGAGACCAUGAAGAAGCACCCAGACCUGGAGUUCCUUUACGACAUCGUUCACAACGCAGGACUCGAUGACCUCUUGCGCAAGCAUCGGCCCUUCACUGUCUUUGCACCCUCGGUCGAAGGCUUCAAGAAACUGAACGCGAUUCAAGUCCAAUACCUCCGACACGAGCAAGGGCGUCAGGAUUUGGCCAUUACUUUCCACCAUCAUAUCCAUCGCGGCGCUAUUUACAGAAAGGAUAUCCUCCCCGGGACCAGCAGCUUGUCUACUGUAGAGGGUCAAGACUUGAUGAUCAACCUGGACGACAAGUUGCUGGUCGACAAUGCUGAGGUGGAAAAGACAGACAUCCUGGCAUCGAACGGCGUGAUUCACGUCGUCUCGCGGCCAUUGCUCCCGAGUGCUCUUGUGUGGACAGCUGGAAAGUACUUGGUCGGUCUGAACGCGACACGGUUUGCGGACGAAUUGCGACAACAGGGUAUGAGCCAUUAUAUUGACGACCCGGACGUCAGCUACACCAUUUUUGCGCCUCGGGACGAUGCCUAUCCACCAGGAAGCCUUAGCUCUUUGGCUGACCCAGGCGAGAUUCUACGAUAUCACAUUGUUUCCGGCAAGAAGGUGCUCUCGGACUUUAAGGACGGUCAUCUCUUGGAGACGGAGCUGAUUACUGAGCAAUUAAAUGGCCAUGCACAGCGGUCCAAGGUUGGCAUCAAGCAGGAUCGGAGGCAUACGACUAUCUCUCUUGCCGGUGUCGAGAUCAAAGUGGAACCAGUUCAUGUCGGAAAGUCCCUUAUUUAUUUGCUGGAUCGUCCCUUGCAACUUCCAUUGCCAUUAGUCAAGACGAUGAAGUCGGACGAGUCACUGUCAGGAUUCGCGCAAGCUUUGAGCGCCACGGGACUUGGACGCAGGUUGUCGGAUGCUCGUGAGGUCACUGUGUUUGCACCUAGCACAGCUGCAUGGGGCAACUUGGGUGUUGUCAACGACUACCUUUUGCUCAAGGAAAACUCUUCCCUGGCUGCGUUGGAGGCUGUCACCCGCUAUGCUAUCGUUGACGGCCUCUAUUACACUGCGGACAUCAAGGCAGGACGUACGACACUGAUCACUUCUGAGGGCAGCGAGCUGGUGGUGGAGAAGAAUGGGGACAACAUUCAUGUUGGAGAGGGUCGACUGGAACGGUCAGAUCAAGUUGGCGGUCUUGUUACAAGAAAAGACGUGUUGGUGGAAUCUGGAGUGGUUCACACGGUGUCUUCAGUCGCUUUGCCCCCAACACUCGACAUCACGCUUUACAACGUUUUGCAAGGAGCCGGCACCAAAAGCUUCUUGAAGGCGUUCGAGACGUCCAACAUCACCCGCAUCCUCACCAACUGGGAAAAAGACUAUACUCUGUUUGCACCAACAGACGAAGCCUUCCAGAAAGCUGACCUUGAGGGAGCCCUGACCGACCUAGAGUUUGUGGCGCGUCUUGUGCGUCUGCAUGUCAUCCCCGGCAAGGUCAUUCUGUUGGAGGAGGAUAUCAGGGACGACGAGGCUAGCAUGCUGAACAAUGACGCUAGAUUGAGCUUCAGGGAUGUUCAUCGCGAUGGAACUACGUUUGGUGUUCGUGUCAAGGGCGCCAGAUCCAAGAAAGAGGCUCGUGUUGUUGCCCAGGGUCUUGCUCACCCCGCUUGGCCAGAUGAGGAGGAGCAAGGUACUUUGACCGCUAGAGGACAAUCUAGAAUGAGACGUCAAGGGACUGGAUCUUCCGACGACACUGCUGGCAUCAUGUCAGCUCCACGACCGGGCGGUGUUGUUUAUGUGAUCGAUCGUGUUCUCUUGCCUGGCGACCCCGAUCCCUUGGGAGAAGCUUGGUUAUGGAUGAGCAUUGCGCUGUUGGCGCUUAUUGGCACGACUGCCCUCUGUGGAUUGACGACUGUAGGACUUUAUGCCUUGAUUACAGAGAUUCGUCACUUGGAGGGGUAUGACCGUGUCCCGACUACUGACGAGGAGGCCGCUACUGAAGGAGAUGGCUCGGAGGGCGGAGUGCCUCCCGCUCAACCAGCUGAGGCUGCUGCUGCUUCUGCACCAGUUGCUGAAGAAAGAGGAGAUCACUCGGAGGGCAGAGUGCCUCCUGUUCAACCAGCUGAGGUUGCGGCUGCUGCUGCUGCAGGAACACCAGUUGCAGAAUAA